AUGAUCGUUGGGGGAGGGCCUACUGUUGUAGAAUUAGCUGCUGAGAUCAUAGUUGAUUUUCCUGACAAGAAGUUGACCCUGAAGGUCGAAGUCAUCUUGGGCCAGUCAGUAAAGCUGAACUCCAGAGCGGAGGGUGCGUACGAGACGUCAGGUGGCGAGACGAUUAUUGCCGAUUGUCAUUUCCUUUGCACCGGCAACCCACUUAGUUCGUCUUGGCUAAAGGACACCAUUUUGAAGGACAGUUUAGACAUGCAUGGGAGGCUGAUGGUCGAUGCAAAUCUAAGGGUUAAGGGUCACACCAACAUCUUUGUUAUUGGUGAUAUUACUAAACUCAAACAAGGAUACGUGGCUCAGGCUCACGCAUCAGUUACUGCUAAGAACUUGAAGUUGUUAAUGCAGGGAGAAAACAAGAGCAAGCUGUCUACUUAUAAGCCGGGCCCACUACUGGCACUCGUUUCACUUGGCAGAAGAGAGGGAGUGGCAAGGCCGACCAAAACCAUAACUGCUGCCUUAAUCCGAGCCCUCCUCCAGCACAAUCGCAAGCUGCAGCUCUCUGGUGAGACUCCCCACGUCGUGGUCAUCACCUCAAGCAAAGGCGGCAAGACCACCACCACCGCCAACAUCGGCCACUCCCUAGCGCGCCUCGGCUUCUUUGUCGUCGCCAUUGACGCGAACGUCGGCCUCCGCAACCUCAACCUACUCAUCGGCCUCGAGAACCGCAUCAAAUACACAGUCAUCGAGGUCCUCGAGAAGACGAAUUUGGAUCGGGAGGAUUCGGGCUUUUCUUCUUCAAUUCCCCCAAUUUCUGCUCGACCACGGGAUGACGGUGACAAAUUCGCCUGGCCAAAAAUACCAAAUUUUUGCUGGAAAACUCAAUUUCUCAAAUUUCCCCAAUUAUCAUAUUGUUCUCUUUGA